AUGGAUGCCAAGUAUGUCUUAUGCAAUUGGCAAGACCAAUUGUGGCCAGCAAAAGUUUUGUCCAGAUCUGAGGCUUCAUCAGACAGUAAGAGAAAAAAGACAUUUUCCCUAGAAGUUCAGAUACUCUCACUAGAUGAAACAAUUAAAGUGGAAAGCACAGAAACAAAGAUCCUCAGUAAAUCUCAAGUUGAAGCUAUUGCCUCCUCACUAGCAGCACAGUCAGAGGUCAGUGACCCACCUAGAGAGGAAACAGCCUAUGCAAGGUCACUAAAAACGGCAUUGGAUAUUCUGAAUGAGAGAACAAAUUUGAUUCAAGCAAGCAGUUCAGAUGAGGGAGAGACCACGACACUGUCUCAAAAUGUACCACAAAAGCUUUCUGAUUCAACCCCUCGUAAAAAGUAUCGGAAGCACGAAGGAGACUUAUCAAAGUGUCUUGAGGAAAAUGAAAAUUCAACAUCCCUGUUAGUAUCUUCAGAGAGUGAUGAUUCCCUGUAUGAUGAUAAAUCACGGGUGCAUGCAGUCAUUGUUACUAUUCCAAGUGAAAUGGAAACAAAGUCAUCACAAAACUUCAGCUGGAUCCCCACUUUCCCUUCACUUUCAGAAGAUGAGGAUGAAAAGGAGAGCAAGAAAAAGAUUGACAUCUCAACAAUUAUGCCUUUGCAUUCCACAAUUAAGGAGGAGGAUGUAUAUGUUAAAGAUGAAAAGUUCACUCCAACUUUACUGUCAGAUAGCUUCACUGUGCCCAAAGCUUUGAAAGAGGAGGCACAGGACAUCUGCCCAGAGGCCCUGGCUAUUUCCUCUGAAGGCCCUACCUUCUCAGAGAAUAGUGAAGAUCCUGGAGAGGGUCCCUCCAAUCCAUGCUCAGAUACCAGCCAGAAUCAACCUACUUUGGAAUCAGAGAUGGGUGCUGUGGCAUCCCCUAGGCCUUCUUCAUGGGAACACCAGGUUUCCUUUAGUGCCUCUAACCAUGCCAUGGAUUAUUCACUCCUUGUGAAUAAUGAAAGAAAUCUUCAGAGACUGGAUUUUGAGGAACUUGGGGAAGAACUUCAAGCUUCUGACAAGUCAGUUCAUCUAAAUUCUAUUGAUGCUUCCAUAUUAGAUGACAAUGAGGAAGAUGAAGAACUUCCACGUUUCCUUUUUCAUUAUGAGCCACGUUCAUUUGAAACAGGAAUGAUAGUCUGGUUUAAAUAUCAAAAAUAUCCAUUUUGGCCAGCAGUGGUAAAAAGCAUCAGGCAAAAAGAGAGAAAAGCAAGUGUGCUUUUUGUUGAGGCAAAUAUGAAUCCUGAAAAGAGAGGCAUUAGAGUGCCUUUUAGAAGAUUAAAGAAAUUUGACUGCAAAGAGAAACAAGCACUAGUGGAUAAAGCCAGGGAGGACUACAGUGAAAGUAUUGACUGGUGCAUCUCGCUGAUUUGUGAUUACAGAGUUAGAAUAGGUUGUGGUUCUUUUGCAGGCUCUUUCCUUGAGUAUUAUGCUGCUGACAUUAGUUAUCCACUUAGGAAAGUAAUCAAACAGGAUACCCUCAGGAACUUAUUUCCAAAGCUGCAAAAUGAAAAUCCUGUGGAAUCAAUGAUUGUGACUUCCCAGACCAAGAAAAUGUCCUUCCAGAAAAUUCUUCCAGACCGAAUGAAGUCUGCUCGGGACCGAGCCAACAAGAACCUAGUGGACUUCAUUGUGAAUGCAAAGGGAACAGAGAGCCAUCUUUUAGCCAUUUUAAAAGGCACGAAAGGGUCCAGGUGGCUGAAAUCAUUUUUGAAUGCAAAUAGGUUCACACCCUGUAUUGAAACAUACUUUGAGGAUGAAGAUCAGUUGGAUGAGGUGGUGAAAUAUUUACAAGAAAUCUACAAACAAAUAGAUGACAAAAUGCUGACUCUGAUAAGAGAUAAAGUUAAAUUUAUCCUGGAAGUUCUUCUGCCGGAAGCAAUCAUUUGUUCAAUUUCUGCUGUUGAUGGAUUAGAUUACAAGGCAGCGGAAGCAAAGUAUCUAAAAGGGCCAUCUCUAGGAUACAGGGAAAGAGAAUUAUUUGAUGCAAAAAUCAUAUUCGAAAAGAGACGGAAACCAUUAACAAAUGAAGCUCAUUAA